CAAUUAUCUAUCUAUCUAUCUUAUAUUCACCUUUCAAUUACCAAAAUGCCUUUCAGUACUCAAACUCUAUCCAAGCUACAAGAUACAGUCAACAAAGCAUGCGUUGACCCCAAUAUUGAUAUUCCUGGUGUUACGGUUGUAGUCAUUGAUAAGAAUGGCGAAGAACUGUUUGCCCACUCUGCUGGUAAGCGAGGUUUGACAUCAAAUGAUCCAAUGACUCUCGACACAAUUUUUUGGAUUGCAUCUUGUACCAAGGUGCUCACGGGGAUUGCUUGCAUGCAGCUUGUAGAGCAAGGAAUCCUGAGGCUAGAUGAUGGCGACCAUCUUGAGAAUGUUCUUCAUGAGCUCAAGGAGAUGAAAGUGUUGCGUGAUGAUGGAGCUUUUGAAGCUAAAAACAAGAAAAUUACCCUUCGAAUGCUCUUAACCCAUACUUCUGGGUUUGGCUACACCUUUUUCAAUGAACGGCUGAGGAAUUGGACUUUUCCAGUCGGGAGAGAAGAGUUUUCUGGACGAGUUGAAGAUAUUACCUCUCUUCCUCUGCUAUUUCAGCCUGGAGAAGGGUGGGAAUAUGGUACGAGCAUCGAUUGGGCUGGAAUAGCUGUCGAACGCACUACCGGACUUAAUCUCAACGCAUAUAUACAGAAUCAUAUAUUCCAGCCUCUCGGCAUCAAAGAUAUGUCCAUGUUCCCAAAUAAAGACAUGCGAAGUCGUCUUGCAUAUAUGCACUCCAGAGCUGUAGAUGGAAAAAUACGACCGCGGGAUCAUCUUCUUCGAAUCCCGCUGGUCGUCAAUCCCGAUGACGAAUUUGAGACAAGCCGGGUGUUUAAUAGUGGUGGCGCGGGCAUGUUUGCAAAGCCUCAAGAAUUCUGCAAGAUAUUGGCAGUGUUAUUGAACGACGGCACUUGUCCCAGGACUGGAAGCCAAUUAUUGCUCAAAGAUACAGUGGAAGAGAUGUUCCGUAACCAGAUUCCGCAAUUUCCCAACUACAGUCGCCAAGGCAUUCCCGCUGCUAAACCUGAUCUAACCAGCGCUAUUGACGAGCUAUAUGCAGUGCAUGGAAGUCCACCACAGGGAUGGGGUUUAACUUUCAUGAAGGCUAAUAGCAACGGCACUGGGAGAUCUAAAGAAACUGUUCACUGGGCUGGUUUGGCGAACUUAUGGUGGUGGUGUGAUCGCGAAAAGGGCGUGGCUGGGAUGAUUUGCUCCCAGAUCCUUCCAUUCGGAGAUGGUAAAGUUGUGGGACUGUGGGCUGACAUAGAGACUCAAGUUUACAAAGCUCUUGAGUGACUAACCAUGCUAGUGAGACUGCGCUUUUCGUAUAGUCAUAGUCAAUCAAAAGUUAUUUGAUC